AUGCGCGGCGUGCAUCCUCCUGUCUCUCGACCCAACCGCGGCCUGCAGCAGUUUGCCGCGCGGGCGAGCGGUCACGGCGGCGCCGAACGCGGUACCGCCGACGGUGAGCUCGCCUCGGCCCAUGCCCGCUCGCAGUCCGAGGACGCCGCGCUGCUCGCGCCAGUGGAGGGUUUGAGCUUGCAUCUCUCACGCAGCAGCAACACCGGCUACGAGGGCGUGACCCUUGACGCCUCUGGCCGCUUCUGGGCGAUGAGCAACAAGGACGGGACGACGUCCGACUUGGGCUACUUUGAUACGGCGGUCGAGGCGGCAUCGGCCGCUUCCCGCUCCACCGCCGCGCCGCCCAAGGCGCCUUCCGAGGCUGAGGCGGGCGGCGAGGCGAUGCAGGUGGACGAGGGCGGGGCGAUGGAGGUCGACGAGGCCGGGCCGGCCACGGCGGCGAAAGGAGCGGCGACCUCUCGGCGGCUCCGGCCUCCCGGCGGCUCCGACGAGGAGCGCCGCCCCGGCGAGAGCAGCCUUGUCCGCCCGCCAGCCCCGCGGCUCGACCCUCGGAGCGCGGCGUCGGCUCGGUGCCCGCCGCUGUACUCUCUGCGCGCCGCGGAGGGAGUGAUCGGCGAGGGUGACGCCGUGCGCCCUGAAGAUCACCAGCGCGCCAAGGUGUGGAGGGAGGCGGUUCGCUCGGCGACGGAGGCCGCAGAGGAGGCGGGCCGGCGCAGCCGGGCUCAAGUGCGGGCGUAUGUGGAGGUGCACAAGGCGGACAUGGAGAGACUCGCCAGCGAGCAGCUCCGCUUCCGCCCGGGCAAACGCGUUUAUUGCAACCGGUCGGCGCGCCCGGGCUUCAACCGUCAACACCCUCCGCAUCCUACGGCCUUGUGGGAGGAGGGGCGGGUGACGCAGGUCUGGCCGGCCAACCUCGAGGCCCGGGGCGCUCCCUACCAGGUGAUCCUGAAGGACGGGACUUACGUCUUCGUGAGGAAGGACACCGACGAGUGCAUCCGUGACGACAAACACGGCGACGCCGGUUGGCUCCAAGCCUGCUAUAGUCAUUGGCCCGCGCCCGAGUGCGUGCGGACGCAGCGGCUGCUCAAUGGCGUCCUCACGGCGGAGGAGGUGCACGCCCUGCUCUCGCGCUCGGGCCUCGAGCUGCUGCACGACAUCGACACGGUGUUUGAGGAGGUCGAUCCGUUCCGAGAGCGCGAUGCCGAUCUCGCACUACUUCUACCGGAGACCAUCCAGCCGUACCACGUGCUCCGCAACUUCGUGGUUUGGCGGCGGGCGGCGGUGGUCUGCGCCGACGAGCCGCUCUACUCGCCCGCGCUCAUCCGCGACGUCUACCCGGACCCGAGCAGCGACGCGUCCGGGACGCUUCGGUGGCUGCUCGACCUCGCCGUGUCCGUCGACGGCGUCGUGCGAUACGAGCAGGCGGUGCCGCCGUGGCGCCUCUCCAACGCUGUCGGCGGGUCGCCCAGGGAGUCUGGGGGCCUGGUCGACACCCGCGGCGGCUGUUUGAUACCCGACGCUCGGGAGGCUCUCGCCGGAGGCGAGGGCGCGGCGCGGCUCAGCUUCCUCCUCGCGGAGGCGAGCUCGGGCGUCGCGGCGAUCGACAAGUGGCACGAGCUGCUGCGAACGGCGGGCCUGUACGAGUACGAGCCCGCGGCGGGCGAGGACACGCUGGUGGGGGAGUACAGCUAUCAUGCGGCCUUCUACGCGCGCCUGCGCACGCGCGACGCCCAGUCGGCGCUGCUCGACUUUCUCGCCGAGAUCACGAACCCCAACUUGGAGGAGGAGAGCUCGGCGACGUGGCAGCGCUGGCUGGUGGAGUUGUACGACGCGUGGCCGCCGGACCGUCGGAAGAUUGCGGUGGCGUGGCUGCGCUGGCUGCUCGGGCCCGAGGAGCGGCAGAGUGGUUUCACGGCGCUGCGCGAGUUUCUCGUGCAUGAGAACUCGCUGUCGCCCUGCGAGCACAUUGCCCGUGACGACGCGGGGCGCUUUAGUCUGCCACGCGCAGCGCGCGACGCGCUGGUCGGGCCCGUGGGCGAGCUCGUGUCGGAGGGCGUGGUGGAGAAGCUGCACGACCCGGAGCGCUUGGCGUGCCCCAUUUGCCAACGCGGGGGAGGCAGCUGUGCCGAGUGGGUUCAGCUCUGCCCCUGCCGUCAUUGGUGCUGCCAGCCGUGCGUUGCGGAAUGGGAGCGCGUGGAGGAGCGCGCUGCUGUUGCGGUGUGUCCGGUGUGCCGCGCGAAAGUCGAGGGGACGGAUCUCCAGGAUCUGGACUGGGAUGCGUUGUGA